CUACUAGUAGUAGCAUGGUCAUCAAAAAGGGGACACUGCUUAACUACCCCACGACCAAGGGCCACUAAUAAGAGCAUAGGUGCAGUGCUUGAUUUGGAUUCACUAAUGGGUAAGCAGCAGAAGAUAGCCAUGGAAAUUGCCAUCAGAGACUUCAACAGAUUCAGUAGAACUAAACUCCACUUGGAGGUGCAAAAUUCCCGCGGGAAUUCGGCUCAAACAGUUGUUAGCGCCAUGGAUCUUGCACAGAAGAAGCAGUUGCUAGCCAUUGUAGGAACAAUAACACAGAGCGAAGCAUCUUUGGCAACUGAAAUUAAUAAGGCCACAAAAAACACCCCUAUAUUAUCUCUAUCUUCGUUUGCACCCAUCACAGAGUUACCCUCUUCUCCAUUCCCACAACUAAUCCAACUCGGAGAUGAUAUCAACAUUCAGAUGCAAUGCCUUGCAGCCAUUGUAGGACACUUCAAGUGGAAAAAAGUGACAACAAUAUAUGAAGUUAAUAGCAGGUUUUCUUAUGAUCCAGGUGUACUAAUUUCCCUCUCCAAUUCUCUUCGCCAUGUUGGAUCUGAGAUCGUUAACCAGUUAGCAUUUCCUUCCUUGUCUUUGCAAUCUAGAAUCGAAAAUGAGCUUAACCAACUCAAGAAGAAGAGUAACAGGGUCUUCUUGAUUGUGCACUCUUCUUUAGAGUUGGCUAGCGUGCUUUGCAAGAAAGCAAAACAAAUGGGUUUGAUGGAGAAAGGAUAUGUAUGGAUCAUCCCCAACGAGGUUGCUUCCCUUCUUGAUUCGGUUAACUCUUCAGUUAUCUCUACCAUGCAAGGUGUUAUUGGAUUCAAAACACAUUUUUUGGAAACUACCAAACCAUAUAGAAAGUUCGGGUUCAGAUUUCGUAGAAGGUUUGCUCAAGAGUACCCUGAAGAAGAAGAGAACAACACUCCAAGUGUUUUCGCACUUCGAGCUUAUGAUGCAGCUAUUGCUACUGCUAAGGUUACAAACAAGUCACAAGGAAAGUUCAACAUGAAAGAAUUCCUUGAUGAAAAUUUACAUCAAUCUUCAACCUUCACCAUAAUUAAUGUGAUAGGAAAAAGCUAUAGAGAAAUGGCAGUUUGGUCUCCAACACAUGGUUUUUCCAAGAACUUUGUUGAACAUGAGAAAAUGGAGGUAAAUAAAUCUAACGGUUAUGGUGGAGUUGUUUUGAGUAAUAUUUAUUGGCCUGGAGAUUUACACUCAGUUCCAAGGGGAUGGACCAAUAGUAAUGAGGAAAUGCCACUUAAAAUAGGAGUACCUGCAAAUGAUGCCUUUGCUCAGUUUGUGAAUGUCACCUAUGGUGACAGCAAGCAUGCAACUUCCAUAACUGGUUUUUCAAUCAAUGUCUUCAAAGCAGCUAUUAAGAAUCUUCCAUAUCACUUGCACUAUGAUUUUGUUCCCUUCAAUGGCUCCUAUGAUGAAAUGGUUAAUCAAGUUAACAAUAAGACAUUAGAUGCUGCAGUUGGAGAUAUAUCAAUAUUGGCAUAUAGAUAUCAUUUAGUUGAGUUCUCACAACCAUAUAUUGACUCUGGACUUAACAUGGUGGUCGUUGAGAAGCCCAAUAAAUCAAAACAAACAUGGAUGUUUAUGGAUGCAUUCACAAAAGAGAUGUGGUUGAUGAUGGCAGCAAUGCACGUUUUGGUUGGAUUUGUCAUUUGGUUGAUUGAACGCGAAGAAAAUGAAGAACUACAAGGGCUGGGGGCGAUGCUUUGGUUUUUAGUCACUGUAAUAUUCCUUGCACAUAGAGAACCAAUAAGAAGACCAUUGGCUCGAACCGUGUUGGCACCAUGGUUAUUUGUUAUCCUAAUUGUAACCAGUAGCUUCACAGCGAGUCUAACAUCGAUGAUGACCGUAUCGCAACUUGAACCAUCAGUGGUUGAUAUUCAGACCCUUCAGAAGAGAAAUGCUGCAGUUGGUUGUGAUGAGAAUUCAUUUAUUGUGAGGUAUUUGAUUGACAUACUAAAAUUCAAACCUGAGAACAUUAGAAGAAUAAAUUCCAUUAAUGGUUACCCUGCAGCAUUUAAGAAUAAUGAGAUUGAAGCAGCUUUCUUUGUCGCCCCUCAUGCCAAAGUCUUUCUCGCAAAGUACUCAUGUGAAGGCUUCGUCCAAGCAGGGAGCACCUUUAGGCUUGGUGGCUUUGGUUUUGUGUUUCAAAGGGGCUCCUCUUUGGCUAGGGAUAUAUCCGAGGCAUUGCUAAGUGUUAUAGAGAAUGGAGAAACAGAGCAACUUGAAAAGGAUAUGCUGUCCAAUUCACAUUGCUCUCUUUCAGAUAAAAAAGCAAAAGAAAGUUCACCAUUAGGUUAUCAGCCUUUCCUUGGCCUAUUUUGCAUUUGUGGCAGUAUUGCUAUUUUGGCACUAUUGUAUAUCAUGCUUUGUUUAACUUUAAAGAAUGUUGAGAACUUGGUAAAAUACAUGAGAGGUGCAUUGAUUCAGUUAUGGAGAAUAAGGAGAUGGAUAACAACACAUUGUGUUGGGAUCUAUUCUAAAGUACAGUCAAGGAGCAUGAGAGGGGUUAAUGUUGCCAUAGAAGCAAGAAAUUCAGCGGAAAUAGUCAUUGAUAGUGAGCAAGUCCCUCGUGUAGCUGAAGUUGUUUGAUGUAGUAUCACUAAAAUAGUAUU